UCAGCCGCGCGUCGCUGCAGUAUAAAGAGCCGCAAGGCGGCCUGAGCCCUCCGUGCCAGGCAAGCGGAACAGGGUGCCAGGGAUCCCCGCCUUUCUCCUUGGGGUCCGGGUGCUGCGCUUUCCCACCUCCGCCCUCCACCCCGGCGGGAAACGCCCAGAGCCACCCCGGCGCUGGGUCUACAAAAGCCGGAGAGUUCCGAGGCGGCGGGAGGGGUCGGGCGCACUCGGAGGCAGGCAGGUCCAGCACACCGACAGGCUCCUGCCCCGCUCCGGGUCCGGCUGCGGCUGCCCCUAGCCCCAUGAGGCCGGGGCAGAGAGCCCCACGCGGCGGGACAGAAAUCUCGCCGCAGCCUUAGAGCGUGAGACAGGCAAGGUGUGGAGACGCCCUCUGCAGCCCACCCCGGCCCAGAAACCACCGUAUCUGCGUGCCUCUGGCAUCAAGAUGCCAGGCCUCGGGUGUGAGAGGAAACCGAGAUGCGGGAGAGGGCGAGAAGAAAGGAGGCUGGAGACACGGAGGCCGGGGUCGGGGGGUACCAGGGAAGCGAUUCGCGCUGCAGAUGGUAGCUCCAUGUCUGGAGCGGAGAGCGCCCCUGGAAGCCGGCCGGAGCCUCCGAGGUCACCAUAGUCAAGCGCCCCAGCCCUCGCCUUCCCUCCCUCCCUUUCUCACUCUAACCCUACCCCCACCCCAGGAUGAGGCUGGGCCGCCGUGCCCUCUGCGCGCUGGUCCUGCUGCUCGCCUGCGCCUCACUCGGGCUCCUAUACGCGAGUACCCGGGACAGCGCAGGCCCCCGGGCACCUCUCGCGCUGUGGGCGCCUCCGCAGGGCCCCCAUAGGCCCGAGCUGCCAGACUUGGCCCCAGAGCCCCGCUACGCACACAUCCGCGUCAGGAUCAAGGAGGAAGUGGUGGGGCUGCUGGCUCAGAACAACUGCAGUUGUGAGUCCAGUGGGAGGGGUCUUCCCCUCCCCUUCCAGAGACAGGUCAGAGCCAUUGACCUCACUAAGGCCUUUGACCCUGAGGAGCUGAGGGUUGCCUCUGCCACAAGGGAACAGGAGUUCCAGGACUUUCUGUCAAGGAGCCAGUCCCCGGCUGACCAGCUGCUCAUAGCCCCUGCCAACUCCCCCCUACAGUACCCCCUGCAGGGAGUGGAGGUUCAGCCCUUGAAGAGCAUCUUGGUGCCAGGGCUGAGCCUGCAGGCAGCUUCUGGUCAGGAGGUAUACCAGGUGAAUCUGAGCGCCUCCCUAGGCACCUGGGAUGUAGCAGGGGAAGUGACUGGAGUGACUCUCACUGGAGAGGGGCAGCCAGAUCUUACCCUUGUCAGCCCAGGGCUGGACCAACUCAACCGGCAACUGCAGCUGGUCACUUAUAGCAGCCGAAGCUACCAGGCCAACACAGCAGACACAGUACGGUUCUCCACAGAGGGACAUGAGGCUGUCUUCACUAUUCGCAUAAGACACCCCCCCAACCUGCGUCUGUACGGGCCUGGAUCUCUAACCCAGGGAGCCCAGUACAACAUCAGCGCUCUGGUCACUAUUGCCACUAAGACCUUCCUUCGUUAUGAUCGGCUACGGGCACUCAUCGCUAGUAUCCGACGCUUCUACCCAACUGUCACCGUGGUCAUCGCUGACGACAGCGACAAGCCAGAGCAUGUUAGCGGCCCCCAUGUAGAGCACUAUCUCAUGCCCUUUGGCAAGGGCUGGUUCGCAGGUCGGAACCUGGCCGUGUCCCAAGUAACCACCAAGUACGUGCUGUGGGUUGACGAUGACUUUGUCUUCACUGCGCGGACGCGGCUAGAGAGGCUGGUGGAUGUGCUGGAGAGGACGCCUCUGGACCUGUCUGGGCCUUGCAAGGAAGAAGGGAAGAGGAUGCGGCAGAAGGGCCACCGAGGGAAAAGGGCGCACAAGCCCAGCGGGGUCAGCCUGCGCCGCUCCCGGAGCCGUCUCCCUCCCCAGGUAGGGGGCGCAGUGCGCGAGAUCUCGGGAUUCGCUAACACUUACCGGCAGCUGCUGAGCCUGGAGCCUGGAGCUCCCGGCCUCGGGAACUGCCUCCGGCAGAGGCGCGGCUUCCACCACGAGCUCAUCGGCUUCCCAGGCUGCGUGGUCACCGACGGCGUGAUCAACUUCUUCCUGGCGCGUACUGACAAGGUGCGGGAGGUCGGCUUCGACCCGCGCCUCAGCCGGGUGGCGCACCUGGAAUUCUUCCUGGACGGGCUUGGUUCUCUUCGGGUCGGCUCCUGCUCUGACGUGGUUGUGGAUCAUGCAUCCAAGUUGAAGCUGCCUUGGACAUCAAGGAAUGCCAGAGCAGAGACUUACGCCCGCUACCGCUACCCAGGAUCCCUGGAUGAAAGCCAGAUGGCCAAACACCGCCUCCUGUUCUUCAAACACCGGCUGCAGUGCAUGACCUCGGAGUGAUGGUCACCAGGGCUUUCCAACAGUCAGGCUGGGCCUGCUUCCUUGUUUCUGCUGGAGAGUUCCAGCAAACCCCACCACCCAGAAAGCAUCCCACUGACUGUCCUCACCCUUCCCCUUCAGAACCUGAUCCCAAACAGGGGCUUGUCCUGGUGACAUCCUCCUCUCCAAGAGUGCCCAGGGGCUGAUGGAGCCAUAACAUCCUCCCACAGCCAGUGCCAAGUCCUCUCCCCUACCCCAUUCUUAUGGGGCAGCACAUGGGGAGGGUGGGUUACUAUCAAGUGCCAAAGAGCUCAGGGGGACUCUAAGAAUCUAAACUAGAAAUAUGGUCCUCUCAUCUUCUUGGGACUGAGGGGUAGGGAAGCUCCCCCAACAUUUAAUCCCAAGGCUGUGCUCUCACUCGGUCUCUGGAUCCAGGACUGUACACUGACCCCACCCCCACCCCUACAGGGAGAA